CACAAUGACCAAAGUUGUAUACCGAUAUUUAUGUCAAGUCUUUAUAUCUAUUCACUAAUUAUCUUCAUCUUUCAAAAAAUUGCUGGUUUGUAUGAUGGCUAGUUAUCGAGCUAACGCGAGAGGAAGUUAGCUUGCUUAAGUCAACGUUAGCUUUGCUAGUUCAGCUAGUGUCAGUUUCGUUUUUGUAAAUGUAUGCUAUUUAUAACUUUUUGGUAUUUCGAUGGUCUACAAUAUCUAUCUAGCUAUCUAUGUAAUUUUUAUCACUUGCAUGAGCAACCCUUUCAGGCCUAUGGUUUGGCUCCAUGUCAGAACUAACUAACGUUCAGACAGCAUUUGCCAGUGACGUUAGCUAGAUCUGCAUGACGGUUCGGGCUAGGCCUGCUGGUUAUCGCCAGCAUGUCACACCUACAAGGAAUCAGCUAAAGUCAAGAUAGAUCCCGCCCCCAAGUUUCCUGAUAUUAAAUCCAUAUUCUACUAGAUUGCUUCUUUGAUCCCUCAUCUCUUCACUGGCAACUUUCUCUACAGAGAUUUGAUACGUUUACGUUCCAGCAUGUCUCACAACUACUCCUACAGACGACCACCACCAGCUAAAGAUCUAAGAGCCAGCGCUUUCGACUCUCCAGAUCACCUGCACCCUGGAGACCACAGUCACAAUGUUUAUAGAUCGUCCCAGGAGGCUCCGUCUCAUUCCACAAUACCAUCCUACCCAUCCUCCUCAUCCAGAGCCUCCGCUGCCACCGAGUCCCCUUACUCCUUCUCACUAAGCCAGUCAGACCCUUACUCCUCCCUAAGCCGGUCAGACCCUUACUCUUCCUCUCUAAGCCGGUCAGACCAAACUCUGACCCUCCUGAGCAGCUGUGGGCUUGAGCCCAAAGACUUGUCUCUACUAGCCGAGAUGCCUGAGGAGCUCAUCACUGUGGAGAACCUACCACGUCUGCUCCUGGAGAUCAGAAAGAAGAGGGCGACACAGCAACCACCAUAUCCAGCUAUGACCUCUUACCCCCCUGCUGCCACAUCUCGCCCCCCCACUGCUACCCCUCCUCCAGGCCGUGCGUGGGAGCAGCGUGACCAGAGUCGUUCUCAGCCAUUAGACUACCCAAACCCCGCUCUUCCCCCUUCCCAACUCCUUCCCACAGAACAGGCUGAGCCCUGGCAACUAGAUCGUCAUGGCAACCCGAUGCAGUACACACGCUCUCGCCUAGAACCUGUGCCUGUCAGAGUUGUGGACUACCACUAUGGUAAAGAAACUCCCAGAAGUUACCAAACUCCUAUGUCCACUUACAACACGGCCCAAGGAGGAAGCAGCAACACCUGGAAACCCCCCAACUCAUCCCAACCAGCAGUAGAUUACAGGUACCCACCACCACCAGCUACAGACUACAGACCACGCCCAGACAAAGAUGUCCCAGUUGUCACAAUCAAGAUGGCCACCUCUGGCAAAACUCCCACCAAGAAGGCUGCUCUUGACUUCCACGGAGAAAUCCCCCAAACGUUUCCUUAUUCGUGCUCUCUCUGCGAUAUUACUGUGCUCUCUGAAAAGUGCUGGUUCACACACGUCAAUGGAACUCAACAUGCAGACGGACAGCUCACACUUCUUCAAAUGUAUCCUGAAUGGGAUUGCCGGAUGCAGACCGCCAGAAGUGGUGAUGACCACACAGACAGACCAAGGGUUGAAGAGAAGACUGGUGGACCUUCCCAUAGGUCUAUUAACUACUUAGGUAAACCGUCAAGUAGCGGCUCUAGAAAAAACGUAGACACUAAGACGAAGGUGACAAAGGGGAGUGGCAAAGUGGUUUGUGCCAAAUUUACCGCCCGGUGUCUCAACGAAGAUGGUUUGAAGGACCUGAUUAAUCCGUUUGGGGAAGUCGUGAAAGUCAUCAUGUUCCCUGCUUUGGCUUUUGUGGAGAUGGGCUCAACUGACCAGGCCGCCGAUAUUGUGAAAUACUACCUCAGUAACCCAGUGACGGUGAAAGGAGGACAAGUCACCUUCUCUGUCUCGUCAACAUUUAACUUCCUACAGAGUUCCCGGGUGUUGAGUUUUUCCCCAGUGCCUCCUGGUAAAGAGUCUGCCGCGUGGAAGAGAGAGUUACUGGCCGUCGCUGAAGGAUUUGGACCUGUGGAGCACUCUCUAUUCUUACCUACGCAGGCAUUUGUGGAAAUGACUAAUGCACUGGAUGCACAGAAGCUGGUUGGACACCAUACAUCCAAACACUUGAAAAUAGAUGAGAUACAUAUUAAAGUGGCCUUUUCGUCAGAGUAUAAUACACUUCGGACCAUAUCUGAGAGGAAGUCUUCAGACAGGAAGUCUUCAGACAGGAAGUCUUCAGACAGGGACAGGAAGUCUUCAGACAGGGACAGGAAGUCUUCAGACAGGAAGUCUUCAGACAGGAACAGGAAGUCUUCAGACAGGAAGUCUUCAGACAGGGACAGGAAGUCUUCAGACAGGAAGUCUUCAGACAGGAAGUCUUCGGACAGGAAGUCUGAAGACAGAUCUAAGAGAAAGAGAACCCCAAGCCCCAGAAGGCGGUCCCUCAGCCCCAGGAGAGAUUCCCCAAUCUCCUCAAAGAGGAGGAGGAGUAGAGAGAGGGAUAGCGACCGUCACAUAGAACAGGCGAAAUCAAACUGUGGGGGUAAAAACAGGCCAAAGUCCCCCAGCAAACAGAGCUCCAGUCGGUCCCCCAGAAGCCUUCGCUCCCAUACUAAAGAGCGGGUGUCCAGUGAGAAGGUAUCCCCCAUUUCCACAUCCACUCGCUCACAACCUCCCACCAAGAAUAAGACCCCGUCCCAGUCCUCCACUGUGAUGGAGAAGUCCAAAAAGGCUGUUGACACGAUUGACCAGAGCAAGCAAGAAACUGCGACCCACGACAGCCAGGAGGAUGGAGCCAUGGAGGCCUGUGAUAUGGACAGUGACAUUGAGGGGAUGGCCGUGUAUGGGGAGGAUGGGGAGGAGAACUCUGACAUGGGAGAGGAGGGAGAGGUGGGGGAGGGAGAGGAACAAGAGGAACUGCAGGAGAGUGCUGAGGACUUGAUCCAGGAGUUUAAAGAUCUAUGUGAGCCCAGGCAGAAAGCAACUUCUGGGACUGUAGAUGAUGCUCCUACAGAAGAGCUCUCAGCGACCGGGUCAGAACAGGGGAAAGAGCUCUCAGCGACCGGGUCAGAACAGGGGAAAGAGCUCUCAGCUCCCGGGUCAAAACAGGGGAAAGAGCUCUCAGCGACCGGGUCAGAACAGGGGAAAGAGCUCUCAGCGACCGGGUCAGAACAGGGGAAAGAGCUCUCAGCGACCGGGUCAGAACAGGGGAAAGAGCUCUCAGCUCCCGUGUCAGAACAGCGGAAAGAGCUCUCAGCUACUGGGUCAGAACAGGGGAAAGAGCUCUCAGCUCCCGGGUCAGAACAGGGGAAAGAGCUCUCAGCUCCCGGGUCAGAACAGGGGAAAGAGCUCUCAGCUACUGGGUCAGAACAGGGGAAAGAGCUCUCAGCUCCCGGGUCAGAACAGGGGAAAGAGCUCUCAGCUCCCGGGUCAGAACAGGGGAAAGAGCUCUCAGCGACCGGGUCAGAACAGGGGAAAGAGCUCUCAGCUACUGGGUCAGAACAGGGGAAAGAGCUCUCAGCGACCGGGUCAGAACAGGGGAAAGAGCUCUCAGCGACCGGGUCAGAACAGGGGAAAGAGCUCUCAGCUACUGGGUCAGAACAGGGGAAAGAGUUCUCAGCUCCCGGGUCAGAACAGGGGAAAGAGCUCUCAGCUACCGGGUCAGAACAGGGGAAAGAGAUGGAUGGUGAAGACCAGAAAGGAGAUAUUUCAUACGUUGAUGAUGAGCCUGAUUUCCCAGAGGACCUUGAGAAUCUUAUUACGUUGGAUGAGCUGGAGGAGGAUUCCUCGGUUGAUAACCAAGAUAACCAGUCAACAGAUGAGAUCAAGAGCAGAUCCAAGAGCAAGCCCUCAGGACGUGAUCAGACACUUGGUAGAGUGAUCUACGUCAAAAACCUUCCCAGAGGCUUCUAUACAGAUAGUGACUUCCUGAAGAUUGUUAAAGGCUUCGGGAGAGUGCAUCGCUAUUUCCUCCUUCGCAAUGGUGAAGAGGGCUUCAUUGAGAUGGAGAGGUCUUCAGAUGCGACAAAGGCUUUAAGAGAGCUGCGUUAUGAUGGCUGUAAAUUAUACGGCCAGAAGUUGAUCGUGCUGCGGUCUCAGAAAUACAAAAGACUAACAACAGGGUGGAAACCUGAAUCUGAUUCUAAAAGUGAUCGGAAGAAGGAUCACAUGAGUACUAGAAGCAGUAGCAGGAUAAGGAGUGGACGGACCAGCAGUCACUCAAAGUCAGCGGCUAAGGACGACAAGACAAAAGAGAAGGACGAAGAGACAAAAGAGAAGGACGAAGAGACAAAAGAGAAGGACGAAGAGACAAAAGAGAAGGACGAAGAGACAAAAGAGAAGGACGAAGAGACAAAAGAGAAGGACGAGGAGACAAAAGAGAAGACGGCACGACAAGUAUGCUCCGAGCCAGCCCAACACUGUGACAAGGAGGACAGAGGAGCGUCUGAAGGGAAUAUUGACAAAUCCUCCAACGGUGAAGACCAAAAGGAUGCCCCUGUCCCUGCUGCUGAGGAAGAGAAGCAGGCCUGUAGCAACGAGGAUAAUGCAGAAACCAAGAUGGAGGAUAAUGUGGAAACGAGACCAGAUUCCAUAAAGACUGGUAUGGAGUCAUCGUUUCAGGCCAACAACCCAGUGGGAAGAGAAUUCAUUAAACCUGUCAUUGGCUACUUCUGCGACCUGUGUCAAGUCAUCUAUGUCGAUGAGGACGAAGCAAAGAACCAACACUGCAGCAGCCUCCGUCACUAUCUGAAGUUUAUGGAACAUUCAGGUGAAGACACAGCCUCUAGCUAAAAGGUGUCCAUCUCUGGAGGAAGUUGACAAGAUGACAGUUUUAGGCCCAUUUUGACGGGAAGUGUACAAGUGCACACUUCCGGAGGAGGGUGGAGAAUCUGGAUUUUUCUUUAUAUUGCACUCAAGAAGCACGGCACAGGUUUACCUCAUCCAUGAGAGGCUCUUUGUGAAACUCAUCCUAGAACAAUAAAUGAGAUUGCAGAUUACGUUAAUCUGUAUUGGUUUAUAUGAACAAAUGUUCAGCACCUACCUAUAUAUAUAUUGUUAUGUUUCUGUUUAAAAUAGCUCAGAUCUACUUUCUGUAACGUGAAGUGUUUGUUCGGUUUUCCUAUGUAAUUUGUUUUCCUUGAUUUGUGUUAAAUUGAACUUCAUUCUAAAAGAUUGUUAAUAAACAUACUUAAUUAUUG